UCCUCGUUCUGAGUAUUUUGGAGAAAUGUUGACACCUGUGUGGCUCGUGCUGUUCGCUUUAACCUCUGUUUUAUCAGCAGAGAAGUUGCGGUUCGCCUCAUAUUAUGGGAGUCACAUGGUCCUGCAGAAAGCCCCAGCUCAAGCAGUCGUGUGGGGAUAUGCAGAGCCAGGAGCCGAAAUUGUCUUGUCAUUGUGUGGAUCACUCAAUGUUCCUGCAAGCUCAGCGCAUGUUGUCAACGGUAUUUGGCGUAUAACUCUCAGUCCAGUGGAGGCUGGUGGUCCUUACAACCUGACUAUCUCCCAGUCCACCACAAACAGCUCCGUCAUGCUUACAGAUGUGCUCUUUGGAGAUAUCUGGUUAUGUGGUGGACAGAGUAACAUGGCAUUCACAGUUGGUCAAAUUUAUAAUUCAACCGAGGAACUUGCAAGGGCCUCUAAGUUCCCUGAUGUGAGGAUCUUUCAGGCUUCCUUGGAGCAGAGCAGAGUGGAGUUGGAUGACCUGGCGGGAGUUGAAGUUCCCUGGUCCCGACCAACAGCAAAAUUGCUUGGUGCACAACCUUUCACGCAUUACUCUGCUGUGUGCUGGCUCUUUGGCCGCUACCUCUACCAGACGCUGAAUUAUCCUAUAGGGUUAGUAGAGUCGUGUUGGGGUGGCACACCUGUGGAGGCCUGGUCAGCUCCAAGGGCACUUGACAAGUGUGGAUUGAAGAGCUCCGUGAGCAGUAUUUCCCAUAGUAAUCCAGCUGUGCAGAGUAACUUUUGGGAGAACGUUGCAUUCUCUGCAAAAUGGAACAGUUCUGUAUUGUGGAAUGCUAUGAUCCAUCCGCUACUUAACAUGACCAUAAAAGGAGCCCUAUGGUACCAAGGUGAGGCUAAUUCAGGCUACAACAGAGAUAAAUACAACUGCUCUUUCCCUGCCAUGAUUGAUGACUGGAGGAUGGCUUUCCAUCAAGGCUCAGAGGGUCAAACAGCAAUAGACUUCCCAUUUGGAUUUGUACAGCUUGGCACAUGGGAGAAAAAGAAUUUGCAAGAUGGAUUCAGAGAAAUACGCUGGCAUCAGACAGCCGACCAUGGAUUUGCUCCGAAUAAACGCAUGAAGAACACUUUUAUGGCUGUCGCUAUUGACUUGCCUGAUGAAAAAUCCCCCUGGGGCAGCAUCCACCCACGGUUUAAACGGGACGUGGCGCACAGACUUGUGCUAGGGGCGAGAGCUGUCGCCUAUGGUGAAAAGAACGUGUCUUUCCAGGGACCUUAUCCACUUUCAUUCCAUUUUGACCAGUGUUCUCUUAACAUCACUUUCGACCAGAAACUUUCUGCCACCAAUUCUGAUAACGCUUUUGAGAUCUGCUGCCCUGUGAAUCAGACGUGUUUAGAAGACUCUCAGUGGAUUCCAGUCCCCAUGGAAAAACUGAGCUCUCAAUCUAUUCUGCUGUCUAUAAAAAAGUGUCCCACCAAGCCGGCUGCCCUGCGUUAUCUAUGGAGAGACUGGCCUUGUGAUUUUAAAGCUUGCCCCAUUUACAGCUCUGACAGGAUUUUACCCACACCACCCUUUCUCAUAAACAAAUAAUUUUAAAAACAAAGAUUUUCAGGUUGUGCAAUCUGAAUUUGAAUAUACUUUUACCAUUAUCAUUUGUCUCCAAAUUUGCACUUUGUACUACUGGAAAUCUUACUUUGUUUACAUUAUCUCAAGUGAGACAAGAUAUUGAAAAUUGCACAAAAAAACACUUUCAGUUAUUAUUAUGUUUUUUUCAUUGUUUGAGGCUAUUUUUUUAUUGCAUUGUUUAUUUGGUUGAAAUAUUGGUUUUUGUAUGCAAAUAAAUAGGGAUCACGAAUUCCGAACAUUCGAUUAGUUCUUUUUAAUUAUAGAAUUUCGAAUAGUGUGUUCGAUCUUAAAAAAAUCGCUGUGUUUUCACGCCUACCCUGGCAAUUUUCCUUGAUCAAUCGCACUGCUGUUUUUUAGUUGGUAUAAAUGUGCAUGCUCAUAUUUACAAGGAAAUGUCCUAGCAUUAUGAGCGGUUGAUGCUGAUCGACGUACUGUUAAUAAGUGCCGCCAUUCGGUUGUUAAUAUAUUAAUGUUUCAGCAUGUUAUCUUAAUGUAUGGCUUGAUGUAAGAUUGCCUAUUCCAUAAUAAAUAAAUCAGUGUGUCGUCAUACGGAUUUAAAGCGUAAA